CAAGAAGAAGAGGACAGAAGGAGGAGAAGAAGAAGAAGAACCACAUUGUUUGCAAAGUAUGCGGUAUAGCGUGCUGUGUUGCUCCUGAACACGAUGGCCACGCAGAGAGUCCACUCUCAGAGCAAAGAGUCGCUGCUGCAGAACUACAACAAGAGGCUGAAAGACGACAUCAGCUCCAUCCUGGACAACUUCACUGAGAUCAUCAAAACCGCGAAGAUAGAGGAUGAGACGCAGGUUGCUAGAGCAACUCAGGCCGAGCAGGACCACUAUGAAAUGCACGUCAGAGCAGCCAACAUAGUACGUGCCGGUGAGUCCCUCAUGAAGCUGGUGUCUGACCUAAAGCAGUUCUUGAUCCUGAACGACUUUCCCUCCGUGAACGACGCCAUCAGCCUCCAGAACCAGCACCUCCGCUCGUUGCAGGAGGAGUGUGACAAGAAGCUCACCUCGCUCCGCGACGAGAUCGCCAUCGACCUGUAUGAGCUUGAGGAAGAAUAUUACUCCUCCAGGUACAAGUAGGCUUAUACUUGUCCCCCAUCCCACCGCCCCUCUUCUGUCCCAUGCCCAGCACCGUGUACUGUCUCACCAUUCACCAUUCGCUGCUGAGCCCAUCAAAGGUUUUACACCUGCCCACCUCUAAACCUGACAGCUUUUGUUGUGGAUUUAUUUUUUUGUAUCAUUCAUCAACAUGUCAUUGCUGAGGGUCAUUGUGAUGAAGCUCAACUCAACAAGUGACUUUAUAUUGUUACCAAUUAGCCAGUGCCUUAAUUUUUUACCUGCUCGAUGUGUCAGAAUUAGACAGAGCAAAGAGGACUUCAGCAAUAAAGGGACAUUAUGCUGAAAAUCAGCAGUGCAAAUUUAUUAGGCUCUUGAACUACACCAGUUCAGUUUCUAGUUUGCCCAUUUAUUGCAGUUGACUGAUGCAGUUUGAAAGUCCGAUUUGUCUGAAUAGAGAUCACGUGUGAAUUUACUGCUGCGUUUAUUUAUCAAUGGUAAUGAUAUGUAUUGCUUUCCUUGUCUGCAGUGUCUGAUAGAGAGACAUGUUUCAGUGGAAUGUAAGUAAUCAGGCCUCCGAGUUCAUUUAUAAUUAAUUAUUGUGAGUUGAAGUUACACAAAGCUCUUUAGGGAAUAACACAUUAAAUUAACUAAAACUUUAUCAGAGUAUAGAUUUUAUCAAAGUAUGAUUCAUUUAAGACUAUAUGUAAAUAAAUAUAUUAGUGACCCCACAUAUGGUUCAUUUGAAGACUGGAGUGUUGAUGGAUGUUUGUUAUGGUCUUAACAAUAAGUCAGAACUGUUUGCUGUUAUUUAUUUGAGGUCAGACCUGAAGCUGAGAUUUUCUCCAGUAGAUGUUUCCUGUAAAAGCAAUCAGCAGGUGAUCUUUAUUUGAUUCCGUCCGAAUGAGCUGUAUCCACGCAAGCGGCUGUGUGGUUGUACGUGUGUACCAGUUUCUGCCGGCUGUUCCAAAAGACCCAAAAGAUAAAAAAAUAAAGUAGAGACAAAACACUGUAA